CCUUUGAUCAUCAAUUAGAUUCACAGUUUUUGGAAUCAAACGUACAGAAUCUGCUAAGAAGAAAAAGAUCCCAAGUGAAACAUCAAGUCUGUCAACAAGUCUGUCUUUAGUCUUUCACUUUAUUAAAUGAAAUCUCUCCUCGAUUUCCAUGUAUCCACAGCUCGAUUUCUGUUCUUCCUCGCAGUGGGUCUCAGUCCAAGUUUCUUAGCAAAAGCUUCAGUCUUUGUCUCAUAGACUACCAUUGUUUAUUUUGUUUAACUCUCUCUUUUCCUUUACGUUCUUCAUAAAACUCCAAACCUUCUAACUUAUUUUAUUGUUUUAAAACCUUUUUGUUAACAGAAACAUUUGAUGGAGUUGUGAGAUCACCAAAUCCAAUACCCAGUUCUUUAAAUCCUUCCAUUUUUGUUAACAUUUUCUGAAAGUUUUGAGCUCUAAGCUUUUUUAAUGCUUCCAAGUCUUUGAAACAAUAUAAUGUCAGUUCAAGAAAUGUCCCAUGUUGAUAUAGAGCAAGGCGGUACUGAAAAUGAUGGCCACCACCGCCACUCAAUCGCCGGAAGUGACGUCAGCGUGUGCUUUUCAGACGCCGAGGACGGUGGCUCAUGCUACUCUCAGUUCUACUCAACGACAGCUGGGUCCUACGAUGAGUACAGUUUUGCCUGCGUUUCCGAUGCCGCCGUUUCGAGGAGGGUAUCUUCAGUUUCUUCAUCAUCUGAUUGUUCAGUGGAGAUUGAAAGUCAAGGGGGUGAAGUUGAAAUAAAAGUGCACAUGGAUAGUAGUAAAGUGGAGGGAGAGAAAGAUUGUAGGAUUUGCCAUCUGGGUCUUGAGAGUAAUAGCCAUGAAUCUGGGAUUGCUAUUCAAUUGGGUUGUUCUUGCAAAGAUGAUUUAGCUGUUGCUCAUAAACAGUGUGCUGAGGCCUGGUUCAAGAUUAGAGGAAACAAGACCUGUGAGAUAUGUAAUUCUAUUGCGCGCAAUGUUGCUGGAGCAACUGAGAUGGAAGCUAUAGAGCAGUCAAAUGAGACCAACAGUGCCACUGCAAUGUCUUCGGUCUCAGCAUCAGCACACCAUGGCGAGACUCGAAACUUCUGGCAUGGCCACCGCUUUCUGAAUUUCCUGCUCGCUUGCAUGGUAUUUGCAUUUGUCAUAUCUUGGCUCUUUCACUUUAAUGUGCCAUCGUCAUAGGAUUUUAUGAAAGAAUGUUUGAACGAAACCAAAAAAAAAAAAAAAAAAAAAAAAAAAAAAAAAGAAAGAAAAAAGAGAACGGAAUAUAAGAAGGGAAAAAAAAAUUCCCAUAACUGAGACUGCAGAAUUUGUUUUAAGGCAAUGAGUAAUGCAGGCUCUAAAUAGUUUAUCUAUACUUCUUUAAUUUCAUCUUCUGCUCAUACAGUAGAAGUUUGUUAUAUCUAUAAACGCACAUUCCUCAUAUCAAGCUUGUUGAGCUUUUUCAAUGGAGGAUAUAAAGUCAGCA